CAUGUGCUCAUGAGAUGUGCUACCCGUGACGUAACCACCACUCAAGUCGUUUCUUCUCGCCGCCGAACCCUCCACCAAUAGACUCAGCCAAGAUGCGUCUAAACGCGACUCUCCUCCCCAUCAUCCUCCUCUCCCUUUCCGUUCCCGCCACCACAUUUGCUAGCAGCAGCCCUGCAGCACCAUCAGCAGCUGAUCAUGCACGCGAGGGUGCCAGGUGGGGUGCUGGUGCAGCAGCGGCGUCCGCUCCGUCGUCAGUUGCAGCUGCGAAGCGACGCUUCUCCAACGGCGCAGGGCUCGGCAAGCCACGCCGCGGUGUGCGCGCUGCCCACAAGCGUGCACUUGCGCCUGAUGAUUCCGCUGUCUGGAGCGGCAUAUGGCCUGGCCAGGCUUUCAGUAACGGUGGAGCUGACAGCAGCGGCAACAUGAAUGAUAGCGGUGGCCAGGACUGUAGCGGAAUCUUUGAUUCGAUUCUCAAGAAGCACUGCAACAACAACAGCAACCCCGGCAACGGGAACGGAAGUGGCAACGGCAGUGACAGCAGCAACGGGGACGUCAACGGCAAAGGCGACGGCAGCAGCAAAGGCGAUGGCAGCGGUAAAGGCGAUGGCAGCGCUAAAGGCGAUGGCAGCAGCAAAGGCGAUGGCAGCAGCAAAGGCGAUGGUAGCGGCAAAGGCCAUGGCAGCAGCAAAGGCGAUGGUAGCGGCAAAGGCGAUGGCAGCGGCAAAGG